GGGUGUUGCUACGCGACCACACGUCGGGAGUGUCAACAAGAAGUAUAAAACAUAUCAACAUUGAUAACAGACGCUCACGUACAGUUUUUUGGUAACAAUUCCCGAAAAACUGAAGUUUUGAAAAUCGAUAUAUCUCAGCGGAGUCGGUUAUAGCCGUCCUUGCUAGCAUAAGUGCACCACUAACAUAACAAGUGCGAACAUGUUAGCAUCAAAGAGGUUUCAAUGCGGUAACACACUAUCUCGAUAUCCUCAAAACUUUUUGGAAAGACUGCCAUCAGAGGUCCUGCAUAAGAUCCUGUCCUACCUGGAUGCUGCUACACUUAUCUGCAUUGGUCACGUCAGUAAGAGCUUCUAUCAGCUUGCCAAUGAUGAGGCUCUGUGGAGGAAUAUGUACAGGAGGCUGUUGAACAAGAAGUCCAUCAACAUGGUCGGGAAGAUGCAUGAGACGAACACGCUGGAGUCUCAGGCUCGGCCUGUGGACAGCUGGAAGUUGCAUUACAUCAAGACUCGGGAUGCGUGGGCCAGGAAGAAGUGGAGAUCACACCUUGGAGUCAUCAGCCAUCACACAGGGUUGCCGAGUCACACAGAUCAGAUACUCCGAAACAUUACCUGGGAGCUGACAGCCACUGACAGAUCAAGCCGUGGAACCACAUAUGAUCUCAGCUUUCUCCGUUUCUUUGAAACCUCUGUGGUGCUGUGCUGGUAUGGAAACUGGCCUGACUACCAUCACAUUUCUACCGUUCAGCUCCACGGCGUCAGGAGAGUAGCACUUACGUGUCCCGGACUAAAGGCACCAGGGUGGAGGUCCUUCAUGGAGGUGAUUGACAUGGAGACUGUAACCAAAAGCAUGCAAGACUAUGGCCAGGACCAAGUCAUUGAACUGAAGCUACUCAAGCCUCACAUUGUCAUGGGACUUUGGAAGGGCCAGCAUCGCAUCGCCUUUGUCAUAAUCACCCUCCACUUCCAUAGGCUGCUGGAAAGAAGCACCCAAGGCUCCUCUGUUUGGCCCUACGUGGACCCAGUGGUCCAAGCCCCAUUUGAUGACAUUGACCCCGAUUAUGGUCUCCAUGGUUACCAUCUCCACAUAGUUCUCCACAGCAGUGAAUGCGAGAUCAUGUCUGAAUGCUUCCCUCAGCUAUUUUGCCGUAGAGAUCAGAUCUGCAAUGGCCUUGUCCGACUUGCUGCCAUUGAUGGUACUUCCUUUCGGCAGCACACACCUCUGUCAGGCGACGUCACUCUGCCCUGGAGGUGUGAGGCCCUACAUGGCCAAAUAAAGGACCGCUGUUUUAUGGCUCUUACUCUUCUUGAUGAGUUCAACAAACCUUUUUGGUGCGUCAGCUCUUCAGUGUCCAUGAAGUGCAAGGAGAUGCCGUGUUCACUUUUCUACGCCGCUGAACAGUUUCUUAUCCACUAUCAGGACUCAGACGGUGAAGUCAUAAUGAACAUGGUGCAGGUGGAGCAACAAAAGCAAUUAUUUCUUGUCAACUUAGCAGUUUAUGUGUCAACUGGCAAAGUCAAUAAGUAUUUCGGGAAAGACUACUGAGAAUACCUAAUGUUUUGUCAAGUUUAACUUGACAUUUGUUUAAUAAUUUAAAGUGAAAUUGAGUUUAAUGAUGCACAUGUUCUGGCACAAACAUAUAAUUGGUGUUACAGAAUUUUAACAGUUCUAUGGAUGGAAACAAAUAUGUAUCACCAAGGGGGAAAAGAGGUAUCACCCUAUGUGUGAUCAAUUGCUUUUGUCACAACACUUUGAGAAAGAGAGCACACAGUAGUCAGUAGUGUUUAACCCUCUGGUGACAUGCAAUUUUAAUUAUCUUCAAAGUCAAACAGGAUGUAAAAGUCCUUAAGUUUUAGAAUGGUAAGACAUUUUGGAUUCAUAUUUUAUUGUACAUGUCUCAAGAAAUGUCUUUUUUUUUUCAAUGUUUACCCUUUUUGAAGGCUUUUUGAUCAGAAAAUUUCACAGGUUUAAAUUAGUAAAAUAACUUAUAUUUAGUGUUUUUGUGUAGAGCUGAAGUUGAUUGCGAGAUAUAAGCAAAAAAGUUUGGAAAAAAAAAACUUUGUGUUUCAUGCUUUGUGUGUUGUUUUUGGUUCCACGCUUCCUUGUAAGUACCGUAGUUUUCGGAUUAUAAGUCGCAGUUUUUUUCAUAGUUUGGUUUCGACAUAUACUACGGAACGACUUAUGUGUGAAAUUAUUAACACAUUACCGUAAAAUAUCAAAUAAUAUUAUUUAUCUCAUUCGCGUAAGAGACGAAGCAAAUGUCCGCAAUCGUCACACACACAAGUCAGCAAUCGUCACACACGUCAACCAAUAAGAAUUUGGCGGGGGCAGGUCAUAGCAGAAGUGCAUUGUGCGUCAUGGCAGAAGUGCAUUGUGGGUCAUGGGAUGCUAACUGCUGCUAUAUCCGUAGCUAUUAAAAUUGAUUAUUUCAACAUUGGCGGUAACUUAUAAAAACUGAGAAGGGCUGAACUAAAAUGGCACCAAAAGGGAAAUCAUAUACUGCAGAUUACAAGCAGGACGUAGUGAAAUAUGCAGCAGAAAACGGUGAUCGAGCAGCAGAAAGAAAGGAAACGGCGAAAACCAGAGGUGACACCGGGGAGGAAGAUUUCAUCGGUAUUAGCGAUCGGGAGUGACAGAUUGUUUGGUAAACGUAUUGCAUGUUCUAUGUGUUAUAGUUAUUUGAAUGACUCUUGCCAUGAUGUGUUGCAUUAACAUACGAGGCACGUUCUCAGUUGGUUAUUUGUGCGUCAUAUGGCGUACACUUAUUCAGCCUGUUGUUCACCAUUCUUUAUUUAUUUUAAAUUGCCUUUCAAAUGUCUAUUCUUGCUGUUGGAUUUUAUCAAAUAAAUUUCCCCCAAAAAUGCGAUUUAUACUCCAGUGCGACGUAUGUAUGUUUUUUUACUUCUUUAUUGUGCAUUUUCGGCCGGUGCGACAUAUACUCCGUAGCAACUUAUAGUCCGAAAAAUACGGUAAUAAAUUAUUUAUUUUAUUUGCAUUCCGCCUGCCAUUCUCUGCAUCCUAGGGGUCACGCAUCAAGCAACGCUCACCUUCCCGUUGUAAGUGUCGUUGAAACUUACACUUAAUAUUUUUGUUUUAAGGAUUAAUAUUUUUUGUUGAAAAUGAUUAUGGUUGUGAAUUCAUGUUACAUUUUUUGUAAAUAAGACAUAUUUUGUUUACUAUAAAAAGGGCAAUUUAUUUCCUUUGUUACACCGCUAUUCUCGCGAGGUUUUGGUUUACUAUUGGAAGUUGCGAGACCUGCAUUCGCCCAGACAUGCAAAGGACUUUGAGCGAGCCAUCAGCAGCAGCAAGAACAUUUAGCGAGCUGAACAAGGUAUUUGUCAUAUUGUGUCGAAUUGUUCUGUAUAUUUAUAAAGUACUUUGGUUUAAUUAUUGUACGCUCAUUUAGUAUGCACAAGACUGAAAUAUUUGCUGCCCAAGAACCUCCGAAGUGGCAGGCGGCCACGAGGUAGCUAUUUUGUUUAGCACUUUAUUUGCCUGUGACUGAUUUAUCAAAUCAAAUCAAAUCAAAUCAACUUUAUUUUGUCUAAAACAUUGUAUUUCAUGUCUUGUCCUGUAGUUUUCACGGCAUAAACUCAAGUAAA